UUGCAAGGCAGCACAGAGGCGGGUAAGAACUGAGUCGUUGUACGCAGGUGCGGAAAUCUGGGUCAACCAGUGCCGGACCAAGUACGCAUGCGUGUAGGGAAAAGGCGUCGUCGGGCUCAGGUAGCUGUCAAGUGGUUCCUGCUUUUCCGAGCCGCUAUCGUCUGUGGUCCUACUGCGGAGGAGACUACACUUGUGUGAGGUCGAGCUACCGCUGAAUCUCUCAUAGCGGGCGACUGUUCUGAGAUUUCCUGGUGAGAUAGAGCUCGAGGCUAAGAGGUGGUCUUGAGCAGAUGAAUCUCAAGUGUUAACUGGAUCUUCUUGGUUGCUGUUUGCCUUGGCAAAAAAGGACUAAUUAAAAGGUGGGCAUUGCAAAUCUGAUUGCUUACAGCUAGACUGAACAGAUCACACCUAGGAGUGCAAGCAGACAGAUGUGGGUGAUUGCCUCAUGGCCGCAGAUAAACCAGUUCAUUCAUCCAAUGUUAAGUGUAACUUGGACACGUUCUUUAGAGAUCUACUGUACUUGAAAACUUACAGAAAACUUUGUAGCUUAUAUUCAUCCCAGCAUUCUUGUACCUGAAAUCAUCUUGCUUUCGGAAUGAAGAGAGUCAGGCAAACAGAUAAUGGUGAAAAUCCAGUCCUUCGAAAGCUACAGAGAACAAAAAAGAAAAAAACUGUUUACUGCAGCACAUCUCAUCCUUAUGCCUUGGUAGACUGGGGAACCCUACCCCACCAUGUAAUCUUGCACAUAUUUCAGUUCCUGCCUCUUGUUGACCGUGCGCGUGCGUCUUCUGUUUGUCGAAGAUGGAAUGAAGUGUUUCAUAUCCCUGAUCUCUGGAGGAAAUUUGAAUUUGAGCUCAGUCAACCUGCUACUUCAUACCUCAAGUCCACUCACCCAGAUCUCAUCCAGCAGAUCAUUAAGAAGCAUGCUGACCACUUGCAGUAUGUCAGCUUCAAGGUUGACAGUAGUACUGAGUCUGCCGAAGCUGCUUGUGACAUUCUUUCUCAACUGGUGAAUUGUUCUAUCAAGACCCUUGGCUUGAUUUCAACAGCAAAGCCAAGCUUCAUGAAUGUUUCAAAGGCUCACUUUGUAUCAGCGCUGACAGUAGUAUUUGUCAAUUCAAAGUCAUUAUCCUCCAUCAAGAUUGAAGACACACCAGUAGAUGAUCCAUCUUUGAAAGUCCUUGUUGCUAACAAUAGCGAUACUUUAAAGUUGCUUAAAAUGAGCAGCUGUCCUCAUGUGUCUCCUGCUGGAAUUUUGUGUGUUGCAGACCAGUGUCAUGGCCUUAGGGAGCUAGCUCUUAACUACUACCUACUAAGCGAUGAACUGUUGCUGGCUCUUUCCAGUGAGAAGCAUGUUAAUCUUGAACAUCUCCGUAUAGACGUUGUGAGUGAGAAUCCUGGACAGGUUGAAUUUCACACCAUCAAAAAACAGAGCUGGGAUGCCCUUGUCAAACACUCCCCCAAAGUGAAUAUUGUGAUGUAUUUCUUCCUGUAUGAGGAAGAAUUUGAUCCAUUUUUCAGGGAGGAAACCCCUGUAACUCAUCUUUACUUUGGUCGUGCAGUUAGCAAAUCAAUGCUUGGCCGUAUUGGAAUGAACUGCCCAAGGCUGAUUGAAUUGGUUGUGUGCGCUAAUGGCCUUCAGCCGCUGGAUGAUGAAUUAAUUCGUAUUGCCGAACGCUGUAAGAAUCUAACUGCCAUGGGACUUGGUGAAUGUGAAGUGACCUGUCGAGGCUUUAUUGAAUUUGUAAAGAUGUGUGGAGGCCGGCUCACCCAGCUAUCUAUCAUGGAGGAAGUGCUUAUUCCAGACAGUGACUACAAUCUGGAUCAAAUUCAUUCUGAAGUUUCCAAGCACCUGGGAAGAAUGUGGUUCCCUGAUAUGAUGCCAACAUGGUAAACAGGCCAUAGGACAAAAGGCCGCUAUGGCCAGAACUGGCUGUACAGGGCAUUGCUGUCUAUGCAAAAAAGGAAUUGUAAAUAUGAUACAGAAUGGUGUUCCUCAAUUAAUUGCAUAGUGGCAGGGGCAUGCCACAUUAAACAUUGAGUAAAUAUAUACUUAAUAAUCUACAAAUUGGAAGUAUAUUUAUUAAGUAAUAUGUGCUUAGUUUAAACUCCAGUUAAUAGGAACAUUUUAAAUUGUUAAGCACUUUGUUUAGUACAGAGUACUACAGUAUUAGUAUUUCUUGUGUGGCUAAACAGUUUGGCCUUUUUGGUAAUCUUUGCCUAAUGGUUGUCUGAAACUUUCUGUUAAGUGCUGCUUCUCCCGUUUCUUUACCACCUUGUAAACAGCAGCUUAUGAUAUGAAACCUGAAUGUAUUACUUUUUUGGGAAACAAGUUUAUGCUACAACAGGACAGCUAUGUAAAUGCACUAAUAUUGUUAUUCAUUGAUAGGUUGAAGAGUUGCUCUUAGUUGUACUGUGGUGUACCUGUAAGAAAGCGCUGGUCAAUAUAUACACUACAGUUCAGGGUGAUCCUAAUUACUAUCCAUGACUAGGGGCACUGCAGAUAUCAGCCAUAGUAUUUUAUAUCCAGUUGCCUUGGAGAAUGCAUUAUCUUUACCAGCCAUUGCCUAUAAGCCAAUGUGAAAUAGGCAGAUUGUAUUGCGGAGAGCAGUAAGAUUGCUUGCUUCAGAAGCUUUUCCCAUCUUGGCUACAUGAUUUCCCAUCUCUAACUAGUUGAUAUUUUCCCUGCCAAACCACCCUCAAUAGCAAAUCUUUAUCAAUUCCUGUGAUGGAAAGAGAAUUAGGACAAUAAAGGCAAUUAUUGUAUAAUGUUAAUCUUCCUUAAGAAACAUGCCUCAGCAGUAUAACAGCUCUUUCUCAACUUCUAAAGUGAAAAAUAUACUGAUCUCACUAAUUUUGUAAGUUUAUAAGGAGACUCUCUUUCAUCUUUGUAAUAUUUUGGUUGGAUUCAAUUCUUGUUUCCUGAGGCUGGGUUUCCCAGCACUCAGACAGCUAUAAUUGCUGUGAAAAUGGUUCUCCUUUCACCAAUACUUGUGUGCUAGUGGUAAGUAACUUAUUCUUGUUGCAGGCACUUCUUGGAUAAUGUCUAUAAUCUUGCUUUACAAUUCAGAUAUUGAAACCAGCCUUAAAAAGUGUGGGAGCCUGA